AUGGCCGCGGCGGACGGCGGGCUGAGGCGGCUGUUCGAGAAGCCGCUGCCGGAGAACCCGACGCUGCUGGAGGCGCUUUCGGCGUGGAACCGCAAUGUCCACCACCACCACCACCCCAGCAACAAGCCCAUCGUCGACACGGCGUCCAUCACGGAGAUCUUCGGCGAGCUCCACUUCCAGGAGAAGCCGCAGCAGCCGGACCACCGAGGCGCCGCCGCCGUCCUCCUGCCGCCGCCGUCGCCGCCGCCGCCGCGGUCCCCUCCUUCGCGCACGCCGUCGUGGCUGGACAUCGCGGCGGAGGCCGAGAAUAAGAGCAAGGACGACUCGUCGCUGGACGCGCUGCUGAGGCCCAAGCCGGCGGCCACCGUGGCCACGGUGAAGAGGAGCGCGAGCUUCUGCGCCAAGAAGGGCUCCUCGUCCGCGUCGCUUCUGCUCUGCACCGAGGGGCUCGGCUACGAGAGCACCGUGGAUGCCGACGACAUGUUCAAGGACGGCGACGCCGAGGCCGAGGCCGCCGCGCUCAAGGGCACAGUCGAGACGGCGCCGGCGGACGGCGGAGACGACGCUGUUGCGGACGCCACCAGCGCCGGCGCCGCGGAGAAGGCGAAGGAGGAGGAGAGGCAGCCCAAGACGUUCCCGCCGCCGAUACGGUCCAUCGGGCGCGGCGGCAAGCCGUACGUGUGCUUCCGGUCGUUACGGGAGGACGGCCGGUUCGUGCUGCGGGAGGUGGUGAUCCCCGGCAAGGAGCUCCUGCAGGCCACGCGCGAGGGCGGCCGGCUCAGGCUGCAGUUCGCGGCCGCCGCCGCCGCCGCAGCCGGUGUGAGCCUCGACGAGGCGGUGCACGGAGGUGACGACGACGACGACCACCGUGGCAAGAACUCAUGCAUUGAUGCAUAG